AUGUUCACGCCCUCCAACAUAAAAAAGUUAAUUAACGUCACAACAAUCACGCUAAGAAAGAAUAGCGUGACCUACGAGGUGCCCAUCUAUCCCAACACGCUAAAGCCGUACCUGAACAACCUACUACCGCUCUCCUCAGUGGUACACACCCAUUGCAUAUACAAGAGCGUGUCAAAGGGUCUGCUCCACAACAGGGAGGCUCUUAAAGCAAUACCGGGCGAUAACAUGGACCAAAAGAUCGAGCACAUUUUGCGUAACGGCCACGACAAGGAGGAGAGCACCACCAGAGACCACAACACCGAUAAGAAGAUAAGGAGCGUGAGCACGUAUUUGAUGCGAAGGAUACGCUACCAGCGCAGAAGAAUCAGCUUGGAGGAAGCGAUGGACAUCGUGAGGAGAUACGAUGUGUCGAGGGAUGUGAAGGUGGUGGCGAACAGCAUUGUGAAGGACCUGACAGCAAGAGAUGCGGAUUAUGAACGGGAGAAGUUUAGGGUACGGGUGAGUGCAAAGUUUUGGGAGGAGAUCCGACAAGCUUUUGAUGUUGAGCAGGCUGGUGAUUGGAUGAGAAUGGAUGGCGAGGUGUUAAGAAAAGUUAAAGCGUGGUGUGAGGAGAGGAGUAUUGGGUGUGAGAUUGGGGAUGAGAGCGAGGAAGAGGAUGAAAUUAUCUGCUAG